GAGAGAGAGAGAGAGAGAGAGAGAGAGAGAGAGAGAGAGAGAGAGAAUCGAAUAAGGAGAAGCGAUGACUUGGCAAGUGGAAGUCGAUGGGCUGUGAAUGGGAGUUCAAUGGAGAAGCGAGUGUCAGAAGAGAGCAGUAGUGGGAGCGGCGGCGGAGGAUCUGGCGCAGGUGGAGUGUACGGAGGAGGUUUCAUUGAUAGAGUGGUUCGCGAAAGCGUCAGUGGAGGCGGGUCCAGAGGAGGAGGAGGAGGGGGAGGAGGAGAGAGGAAUCGCAAUGCGGACAGGCUUCCUGCUUAUGUAAAAGAGGAAGCUCAUAGGAACGCAACCCCUCAACAUGGGAAUGAAGUAAGAGGAAGAGAGGAUGUCGAUGGUGUAGGGGGUGUAGGGGGUGCAGCGGGUGCAGGGGGUGGGUGGGACUCCUCUUCGGCUUCUUCUAUAGGACAUGGCCAUGGUGAUGUGCAGGAGGACGCUGUAGGUAAUGCUGGCGCGCAGUGGAGCGGGGCGCCGACGAGAGAGUAUAGUAAGCAACAGCGAAGUGGUGCUGGUGGGAGGAUGGGAAUGAUGCCAGGGAGGGAGGGUGGUGGUGUGGAGGGUGUAAAGGGUUCAGGGGAUGGAGGAGGAGGAGGAGGUGGGGUGGGAGGGUGGAACUCUCCUGGGGGGGGAGUGGCCACCUCUCGAGGAAUGCAGCAGCGAGACGGAAGGGGUGGUGGCGGAGUGCAUGCUCCUCCUCCUCCUGCUUCCUCUGGGAGUAUGACAGGUAGAGAGAGAGAGGCUGCGGACAAGCAAGGGGGCGGCGGGGCGGGGACAACCGGGACAACUACCCCCUUUGGAUCUAUGAGAUGGGUGACCGCUCUCAAAAAGUACGUGGGUUCUACGGACCAAUGGCCCACAGCCGCGGAAAUGGAGGUGGAGGUGCGCAAGCGGUUGAAGGCCAUUCUUGAAGAAAAGCAGCUGCAGAAAGAGGCCAAGUCCUCGUCGAUCAACAGCAGCUCCUCGUCGAUCCCAAGCUUUUAUAAAAGAAAGCCUGCGGAGAAUUCCUUGUCCGGUCGAAUGGAUACCUUGUCCCGACUGAAAUUUCUUAAGCGCCAGUCUGAAGAGCUGCUUGACGGGGACGAGCUGGAAGUCUUAUGGAUGGCGUUGAGGGGGAACACCUCCCCCCCAGUGGAUGAGCACACGGACAAGAUUAAUUAUGCGGAUUUCAGCCAGGUAGGCAAUCUCAUGAAAGAGCAAAUCGGGCCCAAGGUGCACAAGUUUUUUUCCGCCUCUGUUUUCCUCACCUUUGAGGUGGAUGACUACGGUCGAAUUGGCAUUCUUCCCUUCUAUCUCUACAUCAUGCGCACGGUAUCCCUUACCCAGACACGCAUCGACAUGUGCAUGCUUGACGGCGAUGGCGAUGGCUACUUGAAGGCCCAGGAGAUGGAGAUGUAUAUCAGGCAGCUGAUUCCUAAUCUUGUUCAGUUGCAGGGUAUGGAGGCAUCCUUUGUGACCGUGUACUGCAGGAUAGCAGCACGGAAGUUCUUCUUCUUCAACGAUCCCCAUCGACGAGGCCGACUGUUGAUCAGAGAAGUGCUCCUUAGCCCGGUUCUCGCAGAGCUGAUGGAGUUGCGCCAGGAGCAGGAGGCCUCUUCGCAAGAAGACGACCCGCUCUCUCAGAACUGGUUCUCGUUGCGCAGCACCAAGAACCUUUACGCCGCUUUUCUGAGCCUGGAUAAGGACAUGAAUGGCACCCUUAGCAAGGCCGAGCUGUUGGCCUAUGGGGACGGCAAUUUGACGGACAUUUUCAUCGAAAGGGUAUUUGAUGAGCAUGUGAAGAGAGGGAGGGGGGAACGAGGGGGCGCCCGUGGGGAAAUGGACUUGAACAACUUCCUUGAUUUCGUGCUGGCGAUUGAGAACAAGCACACUCCGGAGGGCUUGUCGUACAUCUUCAGGUGCUUGGACCUUCAUGGGAGGGGGUAUUUGACAAUCUUGGAUGUCUAUACUCUCUUCAGAGCGGUUCACAGGAAGUGGAUUGAAUGUGGUCAUUACGACCUCUUCGUGGAGGAUGUGAAGGAUGAGAUCUGGGAUAUGGUGAAGCCGAAGGACCCUCUCAAAAUAACUCUGCAGGAUUUGCUGGAUUGCAAGCAAGGCGACACCGUGGCCGCCAUGCUCACCGAUGUCAGUGGAUUCUGGGCCCAUGACAACCGAGAGAAUCUGGCACAGCAGGAAGACGAGGAAGAAGAAGAAGAAGAAGAAGAGUAGCUGCUUCCCCCACUAUAUGUCUAUCUGCUGUCUGCGGAUUUCCGCAAAUCUU